AGUCCAAUGAACUACCACUAUGACAAAGUGGGAAAUUAAUAUUUGACUAGGAUAUUUGUAAAAGGAAGAAAAUUAGUCUUUUUUUUUAUUUAGUCAGCUUCGUCCUUUAGACUUUAUAAUUGUAUGUGAUAUAUAAGGUAAAAUAAAAAUGAUACAAUGAAGUCGUCGAAAGAAUAUUAACAAAAUGGUGUCUAUUUUGAUAUUUUUUCUACUACAACAAGCAAGUCAAGUAAUUUCAAAGCAAGUAGCUUUAACUAUUGACUACUAUUAUGGAAGUGUCUCUAGUGAACUCAACCAGUACCCAGAUAUGUGUCCAUCUCUAGGAUUUUUAGUUGAAACAGUUUCAUUUCAAAAUAAAAACUGUACCAAAAAUAUGCAGAGAGAAUUAAACAGCACUGAUCUAAAUGCUGACGAAAAACUUUUAGCACAAAUGAUUUUAAACAAAAGUAAUGGUAGAUCUAAUUUUAGUCUUGAAGAAACAUUGAAGAUCAGACCUAAAAUGACUUGUAAUGGCUCUCCAAUUCCUGCUGACAAAAUCGUCAUAAAAGGACAAUGUUUAGAAACAAAUGUUAAUUACGGAACAGUGUUUCAUUUUCUGCAUAUAGAAGAAUUACCAUCUCUAAAGGAAGUUUUUAUUAUAUCACCAAAUCAGAAACUUAACAAAGCUUGUCAAUUGACUGGAAAUGGCAGCACAAUUGUUAUAACAUUACUUCAUCUAGAUUUUAAUAAUACAACACAAUUAGAAAAGGAAACUGACUUUCUUUCCAUUAUUGACACUGACAGAGAUAUCUAUCUAUAUUAUAAUUCGACCAAUUACAGCGAAAUAACCUUCAAAAAUAUAUCUGUGGAAAAUGCGACACUUCAAGUUCACAUGAUUAAUGGCUUUUUGUGGAUGAAAAUAAAAGCUAAUAAUGAAGCAACAUUCAACGUGACCUGUAUAGAAAGAGGCAACGUUGUAAACGGAGAAAACACAACAUAUAACGAAACAUUCAAAAACAUUUCAACAAUUGGAAGAGUGACAAUAAACACUUUUGAAUUGAAAGCUAUAACUAUUGCUAUAGGGUUGAUUGUUGUGUUGGCUGCAGCUAUAAUAAUAAUACAAGUUGUUUUACGGUACAAAAAACGAAAUGCUAAUUCGUUGAAACCAGGACAAGUCGCUCAAGCUGAACACUGUCAACAAACAGAAAAUAGUAUGAAAAGACAUUACUUCCAACUUGAGAGAAACCCUGAAACGCAGCGAUUCAAUUUAUCAGACGUUGAAAAAAGCUCAUCUUGUGAUAAUAUGAAAAAGAAUGUGACCAUGGAAUCAGGACAAGAAUUAGAGUAUUCUCAUUUGCACAGCACUUCAUUUCAAAAGCCUACGCUGACUGAACAUAUUUACAAUGAAUAAAGUUUACAGUCGGAAAUUGGGAGAAGUGUAACACGACGACAGAUAUUGUGGGUUACUCUGAUAGUAUAAAAAGAACUAUAAAUAAGUGUGCAUUUGAGAAAAAAACGUAUUAAGAUAAUAAUAGUAUAGUUUUACAUAAAUUUUCACUAGUCACAAAAAUGGAUGUCUGUUACAGAGGUCCCAUAUUUAUUUAUUUAAUUUUAUUUAUAUUUAUUAACAUUUUAUUUUUUUGAGCACUUAUAUAAUAAUAAUAAUAAUAAUUAUUAUUAUUAUUAUUAUUUUCUUAACAAAAAAAAGAAGAGGAACAAUUAUAAAGAUAUUUUCCUUGAUUACAUUUUAAUAAAUUGUUACACCAAACUUACCACAAUCAGCUUUGCAAUGUACAAUAAAACUUUUUUUAUCUUUCUUUCUUACUUGAGCUUCGAAGGCUCCAUUACAUAUGUUUAUAUAUGCAAUCAUUGUUAUUUAAAUAUUGUCCAAAUACAUAGACAUUGCACUGUCAUCAGGAUAAUGUUGAACUCGAACCCUGCAAGCUGUCAUCUUCUGUCGUUCUGCAAGAGGUUUGAUCUCUAACGUAAUAAUGUUUUUCUGAAAAUUUAUAAUCAAAUGAAAUCUGAGCUAUUUGAACGAUUAUUAUGAAAAUAUUUUUAAUUAUUAAAAUAUAAAUUGUAUUAGAAACAAAAUAAUUUAUAUUUAUACAAAUAUAUAAUACUCAUUUUCAUAACUAGAUUGUACUUUUUUUUACCAAGGUAUAAUAAGAAGUCCUCCGUAUUAUACAAUAGUUUGCUAGUAAUUUUAGUAACUUCUCCAUAAACAAAAGCAUGUGGGGAAUUUAAAAUACCUUAUCAUUCCCUUAGUUAAUCAACUUUGUACUGGUAAGGGUCAUUUAGGCAUUAAUAUGUAUACCUCUCAAGGUUCAAAACACUGAAAUGUCGAUAGAUAGCAAAUUUAGAAAUGCAUGUCUCAGUAGAAUUUCAAACGAUCAACCUGCAACUAGAAAGCCUAGUGUAUUACGCCGCAUAAUCACUCGUCCUGCAAACUGAUGAGCAAUUAUUUGGAACUGAUAAGGACUUUAACUUUAAAUGUUGUAAUAAUUCUUUAGAAGCGCGUAGCAGUCAAUCAGAUAAGUCCAUAAUCAUGGCUUAAUUUGUUUGCUAUAAUGAGAUUAGGUUUGAAAUGAAUACGCAUUAUUUUUGCUGUUAGUAGACAUAUAUAUCUAUAUUUAUAUAAAUAAGUUAAUAUAUAUUGCGGUAAACUACAAAUUCCGACCUUCUAUAAUCUAGCAGAACGACUAACCAUGCUUCAGGCAAAGUGUGAAUUAUUUUAUUAUUAAUACAAACUUCACGUGUAUAGAUUUAUUGCCAAUACAAUUUUGUCGUGUUUUUUUAUAAAGCUUAAAUUAACUAGUUCUGUUUAGGUAGAAUCCUUGACACGUUAUUUUUCCCUCUUCUUACUGUGGACUAAAAAAAUUCACACGCAUUCAUUGUUAAAGACAACAGUAGAAUCAAUACAAAAAGUUACCGAUUCGUUACAAUUAGUCGUAAUUAAAUAAUUUAUGUUGUUUUAUUAAGAAAAUGUAUUGCUACAGGGAGAUAAACAUUGUGUAGAGAAUAGCGCUUCCUGGGAGCACCUUGUUACGACUUCUGUUAAAUUCGCGAAAAAAAAAGAUGUUUAAAAAGCCUUUAGGAAACGGUCAUAUUAUUUAUCCCACAAAAUGAGUGUCCGAUUCGCCUGUAGAACAAUGCAUGCGAGACAUGGAGGUCAUUUUCCAAAAUGUAGAAAAGACUAAAUGUGGCUCUACAAAGAUAGUUAAGACGGAUUUUAGGAGUCAGUUAUAGAGAUUGGGUCUCAAAAAAGGAAAUCAUAUGCCGAACUGGGAGUCGACAACUUAACAAUGUUAAAACGGAGCAUGAGGUUUGCGGGACAUUCAACGACAUGGAGGCCAAAUACGAGGAAAGCGCAAACAGAGACGCCUUUGUAUAACUUAGCGCUACACACUUUCAUGGUGGACCUCAGAGCAGUGGACACCAGGUGGGAAGAGGCAUCGAAAAUUGCCAGUGACAGAUCAUUGUUGAGACAGCUUGGCACUCAAUAUGGUAAAAGACCGCUGGAGGAUCUGAGUAAAAGUCUAAAACUAGUGCCAGCAAAUGCAGAUUAUGAAUGAAGGGAACCUAUACUGAAAGGUUUCGGGGAGCCUUAGAUGUCACAUAUAUAAUGCCCAGGUCUAAGAGUCAUACAAAAGUGUGAUUAGAACCACUACUUUAUAGGCAUUGGUGGGCAAAAAGACCUAUUCUGUCAUUCUCUCAUUUAGAGGUGGCUUAAAGCUUUUGUCCUAAGCCAGACACUUGUCUAUCAAAAAAGAUACAAAGUCAGCUGGAAACAUGCGCUCUUUCCUUGACUCGCUGUUCUCAUGCCCAACAUACCAGAUUAUUGCGCCUCUUAGAACUACCUGAUAUCUCGUCAUGUUAACCAAAAAGGUUGAUAUACUGAAAUAAAACGAUGAACAGAGCAAUAUUUUCCUUUUUAGCGUUAAAAAGUUCUUUGAAGUGUUUUCUUUCGCAUUCAAUACAAAAAAUGCCUAGGCUAAAUAUAUUUUUUUUCUUCUUUGAAUGAAAACGCAAGGCGUACUUGAGAAUAUAUUUAUUGUAAUAGCUUCAGGGAGAAAACUCAACGAGGCAACGAUGUUUAUUUACAGGGACCUCCCAAGUACAUGAAACAUGUUUUUAGCACAGUCUUUUCAUAUCGGUUCUAGACUUUGUCAUAAGUUGUACUCUUCUUCAUAAUGUUGACAUCCUUCUCAGUCUAGUCUAUAACUGUGAGCACCUUUUGCACUAGUUUGGAUGUUGGUGCGUGACGCGGUUAAUCUUCUAAAAAAUAGGUGCGUUCCGUUACAAAAAAAAAGCUCUGUAUAUACGCAAGAAACUGCCUAAAUUAGAAAAAAAAAACUAAAGUGAAAUGUAGGCUAUAUGCUGCUAUAUAUGAAUUUUCUAUUCUUCUUUGCAAUUAGUCUUUGCAAAAUGUCCGUCUAUCCGUCUGCCACACUCAGCUUUCAUAAACUAGAAAAGAAAUGUAAAAUCUUAUUUCACCAUCGGUAUAUCUUGCAAAUUUUAGGUGCAACGGCUACUUUUGUUUUCUAAAAGCAAUAAUGUAUGCAAGCAAAUUUUUCAGAAAAAUACACCAUUUCUAAAACAACACAUUAAUGUGAUUGAAUUUUUGUUUAAAUUAUGUUAACAAAUCAAGAUAAUUUUUUUUGUGUACUUUUAGUAUCACUUAGUCCAAUAUAUUUAUUUAUUUAUUCAUAUAUCUAAUUCGUUAAUGAAAUGCUAUAAGAACCCGAUGCACAAAUAUUUUGGAACUCUCGUCAACUCUCUCAUGUUGUGGAUUUUUUUUUUGGAAUGAAUGCUAUACUAGCUAAGUACAUUAAUGUUUAUUAAACCUCGUCAUUUUUCUUAUAUUAAAAAAAUACAUUUUUAGCGGCUCCCAGAAAAAGAAAAGACCCGUUUUAUUUUGUGUAAUAUGUUAGUCAUUCUAUUCGUCACAUUUAAUUUUCCUUCCUAGCUACGUAAGAUAAAUUAAAUUAUAGAUCUUGAUCAAGUAAUAGAAUUCUAGACUAGACCUAAAAAUUAUGGUCAGAUCUAGUCUUAAAAAUCUAGAUUAGAUUUAAAUCAAAUAGUAGAUCUAGUAUGAUGGCUGCCUGGCCGUUAGGUAUGCGCGCUGGACUAAUGUUCGGACUGGGUUUAUAACCUGUUCGCUGCCAUCCCCUGUCAUCAAGCGGGAGGUUUGGAAUAUGAAGUAGGUUAUCUUUAACUUUGAAGGUACAUCCGAAACAUGUAAAACAUUUAACAAACAAACAUAUUUUACAAAGCCAAAUUAAUCUUUAAAAUAUUACUUUAACUUUAGACAAUCAAAACAAAAUUAUUUUCAGGGGAGUCAUUGCAAAUAGGAUGAUCCGAUAAGAGUCCGACGGGGACCAUUUCUAAGUUUGUGUUAAAACACAAACUCUCUUUGUUUAUGCUUAAUUCUUUUAUGUCAUUUAUAAAUGUGUAUGCAAAAAUUUCAUUUAUUUUAAUCUGAUAUCUGGGCUCUUAAUAGUGUUUAUUAUUAAUUUUCGAUGAAAGUUUUGUGUGUCUUUUUUUUAUUAUCAUUGCAAUUUAUGUCAUGUUUAAUGUUUCAUUCUAAUUCAAUGACUUCCUUUUGCAUGGAUAUUGUAUUCACAAUCUAAUUUUUUAAAGUAACAAUUAUUUUUUUUGUUGAAAAUUUUCUUCUUGCAUGCAUUUACUAGAAAAUUUACAACUAUAUUUAUUUAAUAACAUUUUAUAUAUAAAAGCAAUAAUGUAAAGUGUUCUUGUUCUCUUAUAAAAAGUUCGUGUCACAUGAAGACUGUGUAGUCUAAUUGGCUAGGAGCACGCAUUUCAAGUGUAGUAGAAAGCUCUUAAAUGUGAUAAACAUUGAGUUGUUGACCCUUGCCCAAGUACUGUCUCAUUUUAUCCUAUUUUUGUUCCUGUCUCGGGGUUAUUUGUCAUAUUCUUUUUUUAAUGAAUAAAACAUGAGUCGUAAAAUAUUUUUUCAAAGUACAUGGCUCCUCAUGGGUGUAGCCAGGAUUUUUAUUCGGGGGGGGGGGUUCCUGAUUGUCAUAAUGGACGGAUUUCUCGCUAUGCAAGUUUAAUAUAUACAUCUAGAUGUAUAUUAAUUAUAUUAUAUUUUUGUUUGUACUAAUGUAUAUUACGUCAUGUGCUUACCAAGAAAGUGGAAAUUUUUAAGGGCGAAAAAAUCCAUGUUUUAUUUUUUUGUAUGCUACAUUUAAGUAGCCUAUUAAGUAAAAAAAACAAAAACAUUAUUAGUAAUGUUUUCAGAAAUUGCAUUGUUAAAUUUUCCUCUCAAAACACUAGCACCAAAGUCGAAUUUUUUGCCUUUUUUAUAAAAAUAAAUCAAUUGUCAUAAUGGACGGAUUUCUCGCUUGUAAAGCACCA